GUUGUGGGUAGUUCGACUGUUGGUGUUGUGCGUUAGCAACUAGCAGCUAGCCAGCUUGCUAAUAAUAGCAUGCUUAGCUAAUAUGGCGUUGUGUAGCAGUAGCAAACCGUAAUAAACCUCCUUCCCUGAUUUUACACGUCCUGUUGAUGUAGAUUUUUACUUGGAUAAUUAUUGGUGUCUACUGUCAUUGCUAUGAAGAUGUUUAUUUCCUUUUUUUAGGGGUUCUCAGCUGUCAUCUACUCGAAAUGGAAACUCAUGGUAUUAUGAAAGCCUUCCCAAAAGUGAAAAGGCAUCGGUCAAAUGAAACUAAAGAUGCCCCAGCAGUUAAGAAACCCUCAGGUCUACCUAUUACUGGAAACAUAUUUCAGGGUGUCUGCAUCCACAUAGUCCCUGUUGGCAUAGGUAAUGCCCGUCGUGACAUAUUUCAGCAGCAGAUUGUGCAGAAUGGAGGCCAGGUGGAAGCUGCUUAUGGUCCCAGCUGCACACAUGUGGUCGUGGAUGAGUCGGUGGACAGGGAGCGAGCGUCCAGGCUCCUGAAGAUGGAAACCUUUCCCCCUGCUGUGCAGCUGGUAAAAUGCACUUGGCUCAGUGCUUGCAUCACUGAGAAGAAGCUUGUGAGCACGGAAGACUACAGUCUGCAAAAGUGCGACCGUCCUCAGGAUGCUCCAGCUGAGAAGCCAAAGCUGAGCGUUGUCAGCUGCAUCCCUGUUCCUGAGGAGAAACAGCCACCGGAUCACAAAUCAGCUCAAGAUGAUCCAGCUGACAUGGUGCCUGAGACUCAGGAAGAACCCCUAGAGGAAGACGCUGUCUCACAAAAUGACUUGGAGGCUUUGAUCAGCGGGGUUAAACAUGAUCCCGGCACCUCAGAAGCAUCCGAAAAAACAGAGGUGUUGGGAAAGUGGGUGUGUGCCCAGUCGUCUCGAACCAAGAGCAAGAACCACAACGAUCACAUCACUGACAAGCUCGAGCAGCUAGCCAAAGCAUAUACACACAUGGGUGACAAGUGGAGAGCGCUGAGCUACUCCAAAGCCAUUAACGCGCUCAAGAGCCAUCCCAAGGCGAUCACUUCAUAUGAGGAAGCCUACAAGAUCCAAGGCAUCGGCAAGAGCAUGGCCAAUAAGAUUGUUGAGAUCAUGGAGAGCGGGCACUUGAGGAAGUUGGACCAGUUCGGAGAGGCCAUGCCUGUCUUGGAGACAUUCACCAACAUCUGGGGUGUUGGCGCAAAGACCGCCAAGCUUUGGUACCAACAGGGGUUCCGUACACUGGAGGAUAUUCGCACCAAGGCCACUUUGACUCACACGCUGAGAAUUGGCCUGAAGCACUACGACGACUUCCUCGAUCGGAUGCCAAGGAGCGAGGCAGCCGCCAUCGAGAAAACGGUGAGAGAGGCAGCACACAGCGUGAACCCAGAGCUGCUGGUGGUGGCGUGCGGCUCGUACCGACGCGGGAAGCCCACCUGUGGAGAUGUGGACGUGCUCAUCACUCACCCUGACGGCCAAUCACACAAGGGCGUCUUUAGUAAAGUGCUCCAGGUCCUCCAUCAGAGUGGCUUCUUGACUGAUGACUUGGUGAGCCACGAGGACAACGGCGAGCAGAAGAAGUACAUGGGCGUAUGCGUCCUCCCAGGCUCGGGUCAGCGCCAUCGGCGACUCGACAUCAUUGUGGUGCCACAUGAUGAAUUUGCAUGUGCUUUACUUUACUUCACCGGCUCAGCCCACUUCAAUCGAUCCAUGCGCGCACUUGCCAAGACUAAGUCCAUGAGUCUGUCAGAACACUCGCUGACCGCCGGCGUUGUGCGCGAACGUGGCGUGAAGGUGGUACCAGGUUUGCCGCUGAGCACACCUACUGAGAGGGCAGUCUUUGAGCACCUGGGAAUCCCAUACAGAGAGGCUCAUGAAAGAGAUUGGUAACAGGACAUGUUUACAUUUUUUUCCCAAUUUUUUUAUUAUUUUUUUUUAAAUCUGUUUUAUUUAUGAAAUAAAUAAAGUCUGACGCUUCCCCUGACUCUGGUAGGACAGCUGCAGCUUUAAUGCUUUGUUUCAAGAUUACAUAAUCAUCAAUUAUCCACCAUCCGAAUGUCUAGGUAGGAAUAUAUUUUUAGCUUCUUUUUUUUAUUAUUAUUAUUUAAUCAAAACUCUAAACUAAACUGUAUAGAUGAUAAUGGUGACUGAUCUUGAUCAUCUCCCAUAUAUUAUAUGUAUUUGUCAUGAUGCUCAAUGUUGAUUUUUUUAUAUAAUCAGAUUGUAACAGACAUAUUGGAUGUAUAAAGGUGUCCAGUGAAUUGUUUAAUAAAAAUAUUGCAAUAUG